GUAUUAGAGCGAUCGGGAAGCCCUAAACACCAAAAAGAAAGCUUUUCUGACGUGACGGUGCGUGAGGGUGUAUAUGCUUACAUGCGGACGAAACAUUAGAAACGGUGCCCUGCCACCGGUGCGAACAAGCGAGACAGAACGAAGAGAAUACCAAUGGGGAAAGAGCAAAUGUAUGCAGCUACUGUACUGAAAAAACAAUAGAGAGGUAGAGAGAGAGAGAGAGAAAUUUUGUUCGAGAAUUAUACAGUAAGAGAGUGGAGUUUGCAGCACGCAAAAAAAAAACACCCCGAGAGAGAUGUUGUACGGUCCCGGUGUUCCAAACGGUUCCGUCGAUUGCGGAAGAGACCACACCGCCCCAGAAUAUUGUUAGCACUGCGUCUGCACGGAUAGCCAUCCGGUGUAGGCUGAUUUCGCGUGGCUCGAACUGCCCUGGUUGCCCAGCCGUACAGUAGUCUGCCUACACACAUCUACACAAAUCUCGACCCAACCGCGUGUGUGUGUGUGCGUGCGUGUGUGCUGUGAGUUGGAAAGUGGCCACUGAAGAAGAAAAUCAGAAACACACCGAUUGUCCACCGUCACGAAUCGAUCUUGGUUUUUCGAACGGUGGCAGUGGUGUCUCGUAUCAGGUGUGUAUUUAUUGGCCGGUCCGACGUCCGGGCGAGCACAGGCAGGAUCGUGGCAGCGCAACUCCACAAAACAUUCGCGUUUGAGGCAACUAAAGUGAGUGCAAUGUAAGCAAACUGCAGCAUACCGUGCCACACCGUGGAGCAAAAACUCCGGCUGCGGCUUCCACAUGUGUGUUUUUGUUGUGCUGUGAGCCUAACCAAAAAGUGUGCUUUGUGUAAGCAUUGGCAGUGCGAAAAGUUUGUGUGUUUCGUGUCAAGGUGAAUGUUUGCAGUGCCAGGCAGUUCCAGCUGACGUUCGCAAACUUGUGCUAGGGGUAACCACCGUGACCCCUAGGGUGUGUUGGGGCUAGUGUGUAAAAGCGCCUAGCCGGGUCGAACCGAGUAGCAAGUGUGCUUGUGAAAAAAAAGUCAAAAACCAACGUCAUCGAGGUGGAUCUGCAUACUUUCGCUCGGAGAAGCUUUUCCGGCUGGGGCUGCGUUUUUCCUGUAGCCCCCGUAACCUUUACCGGUUUCCUUAUUUCCCCGGGUGCCUUGUGCGCGGUACCCCAGCAUCAUAAUUGACUGUACACCGGAAGCCUACGAAACGCCGCCACAUUGGAAUACCAGGAGGAGAGUUGUGCGUGUUCGCACAGCGUGGAACCACCGCCACCAUCGUGCUGCAGAGUAAUGGUCACCAAAAUAUGGAGCAGCUGCAUGCCCAAACCGAGCAGCUCACCGAACCGCGUCGAACGGCAUCACUUCUAUCUAUGUCAGUGGCAAAGCAGCACCCAGGUCGGUAUAUGCUACCUGCUGUACCGGUUGAUAGUUGCCAUCGUGUUUCUGGCGAUGCUUGUCUGCUCCGUGCUGGACAUUGGACGCUCCGAACCGAUGUUCGAACAUCACUACGCCAAAUGGUGGAUCUACCUGACACACUGGGCACUGAUAGCGUGCACCAUACAGGCCUGGCUGGCGGCCAUCAUCGUCACCAAGGGUUUGAUGAUUGACCGGAAUGAGUUCGAGUGGAACAUUCAUGUCGCAAGGGAAAGCCGACUACAUUCGGUGUACUGGAUUGCGUACACGAUUGCUACCGUCUACUCAUUCAUCGUCACCAUCGUUUACUGGAUGUUCGUGUACGAUCCAAGUAAAAACCGUGUCGAUGCCGUUAAUCUCAUGGUGCACGUGCUCAACUCCAUCAUUAUGCUAAUUGAUCUAACCAUCGUCGGACAUCCGAUCAAGCUCAACCAUGCGUACUGGACGACCGGUAUCGGGGUGGCCUACGCGCUGUUCUCCAUCGUCUAUUACUUGGCAGGCGGAACGGACAGACACAACGAUUCCAGCAUCUACAAAAUGCUCGACUGGACCAAGCCGGGCAAAUCGAUCGUCAUCUGUGCGCUCGGCAUCUUUGCCGUGUUUCUGAUGCACUUCCUCUGCUACUGCCUGUACUGUCUUCGGGUGUGGCUGUACGCCCGCGUCUGCGUCCAGGGUAACAACAGCAAAUCGAGCAGCCACGAGAAGAUCACCUCCAUCACGCGAACACUCUCCUCGAUGGAGGAAGCACAGCGGGAAAACUUCCUCAAUCCGACCGCCGUCGUCGAUCUGAAAGAGUCGCGCCAUGAUGGACGUGGCUCGCGCCAGGUGGCCUCCUUACGCUAGUGCACUUUGCUCGACCAAUAUUACCACACAAGAGUUAACAGCGAUCCGAACGGCGGGCAUACGGUGUGAUGGUGCUCGUGCGCUUUACUUUGGGAUUUUCCGUUUUGCAUUUACCGGGGGGAUGUGUUUUUAAUCAAAAAAAAAAAAAAUUGUAUAGUUGUACUAAGGAUCGCAGAAACAAAACAAAAAAACCCGAUCGUAUGAUAGUAUCGUGAGAAGCAACGUAGAGCGCAUAGCAGAUACCUGAUCGGUGUUUUUUUGGGCCAACCCAGGUCGGCAGAAUUCGGAAUUCAAUUUGUCUUGCUCCUUUCAAAGGACACGCAACUAGAGGUACGCAGGCGGGCAAUGCAUGGCGUAUGGUAAGGUGAUUUCAAUACUCGCAUUUAAAGUAUUUCCGUUCAGUUUGUUGUAAGUUUAGGUAGUGAAUUAAUUUACCAAACCAUAUCCUGUGUGUUAUUGCCAAAUUGCCGUACGUUGGUGAUUACGUUCGUUCGUUGGAAAAACGAAACAAAAUAUGAAAUUCCAACAAAGAAAAAACAAACAAAAAAACAUUCCGAUAUAGUAUACCUCUCUAAAAGAAAGUAACGAUUCCUCGCUUUUGCUUUACUUUACUUUACUUUUCAACCCCCCCUCGUCUCGCACUCACACUCCACUAUUCCCGUACUAGAUUUCCGUCGGGUUCGUUCACCGUAGUAUCUCUUUCCCGUAAUCGUAUUAUAACAACAAAAAAAAAACAAAUGCAACACAACAAAACCUAAACAACACAAACAAAAAAUCAAAACGAAAAAAAAUGAAAAAAAAACGAAAACCACACAAAAGAAAAACAUGUGAAAACCAAAAUAAAAAAAAACACCGAUUGAGCGCCUACCGUUCAACCAACUGACAUCACUCACGAAAUGUUAGAUCUUAGCGUAUAAAGUUACUAUUUGCUCACAAAACAAAACAAAAAAAAACGUUUUUUGUCGGACGGUGGUGCGGGGGGUUAGAUUCACACACAAACACACACACUCAAAAAAGAAAGAAAGAUUAUUAUAACAAUAGCAAAAAAAAAAAGAAAUUAAAAAACAGUAAGUCACAACACACACAGUCACACAACAAAUUAAACCAAACAAAUGUUGGAUCCGUAAGAAUGCGUCUUUAAAGUACAGUCGUUGAUUCUAGAAAUAUAUUUGAAGACAUAAAAAAGUAUCAUAGCAAGGAAGAAACGUAAACAAAACAAAAAAAAAUCAAAAAAAAACAAACCACAUUAGAUUGUUUGGCAGGUGCGGGGAGUAUGUAAUGAAGAAAUUGGGCAUGCGGUUUGGUAAAUAUAGUAGAAUACAAGAAAUGAGGAAAGAGUGUGAAGAUAUGAUAGGCAAAAUUGCGUUAAACAGUCUGCAAGAUAAAGCAACAACACUGGUGAUAUUCUCAGCUGUUACAGAAUGGAAGAUGUUGGAUACAGCUCGUUGUGCGUUGAUUUUAGCAAUAAAAGUAUUGGAGAGCAAAUGCAACACACAGCCAAGCGGAUGGAUUCUCUCCACUCGGUGAUGCAUCUGCAUAAAAGUAUUGCUAAUGUAAAGCCUAUAGGAUGCAUUUUAUUGAGAUAUAAAUAUUGAAACAGACAAGCCAGUAGUAGAAACAAACAAACAAACAAAGCAAAACAUAACACGUGUUAAAACAAAACUGACAUGCUACGAUGGUGUGGCACUGGAAGGGAAGGAAAUGGAAUCAAACACUAAAUUUGAUGCAAAGAAACCCCGAAAACAAAACAAAAAAACAUUCCAUUUAUAAAUUUGAUUGGUUUGUUUAGAGUGAAGUGAAUGCAAAAUAUAUAAAAAUCAUGUUCAA